AUGGCAAUGUUUAAGAAUGCUGCCCGUAACUUCCACAAGAAACUCACUCGUUCAAGGGAAGACGUGAAGGAGGGUCACUUCGCUGUAUUGGCCAUGCAUGAAGGCUAUUCGAAGAGGUUUGUGGUGCCAUUGAGUUACUUGAGCCAUCCUGCUUUCAUAAGGCUGCUAGAAGAAGCCGAGGAGGAGUAUGGCUUUUACCAGCAAAGCAUCCUCACGGUCCCUUGCCAUCCAAGUGAACUAGAGAACAUCUUGGCAGGACAAUGGAAGAAAGAAAGGCGAAUUUCAUCUCCGUGGUAG